GUGCGCUCCGGGCGGGGCCGCGCCGUCAGGUUGCGACCCAGUACACUGUCCGCAGAACAGCCACACCGCGAGCUGAGAUGCCGCCGCUGCCGCCCGUGCUUCGCCGCGCCCUGCUGGCCCGCCCCUGGAGUGGGGCCAGGCUUCGGUGGAAACACGCCUCCUCCCUGAAGGUGGCCAACGAGCCCGUCUUGGCGUUCACCAAAGGCAGCCCCGAGCGAGAUGCACUGCAGAAGGCCUUGAAGGACCUGAAGGGCAAGACCGAAGCCAUCCCGUGCGUGGUGGGGGAUGAGGAGGUGUGGACCUCAAACGUGCAGUACCAGGUGUCGCCCUUUAACCAUGGACACAAGGUGGCCAAGUUUUGCUAUGCAGACAAGGCCCUGCUCAACAAAGCCAUUGAGGCCGCCUUGGCCGCCAGGAAGGAGUGGGACCUGAAGCCCGUCACAGACCGGGCCCAGAUCUUCCUGAAGGCAGCAGACAUGCUGAGCGGGCCGCGCAGGGCAGAGGUCCUUGCCAAGACCAUGGUGGGACAGGGUAAGACAGUGAUCCAAGCGGAGAUCGACGCGGCAGCCGAGCUGAUCGACUUCUUCCGAUUCAACGCCAAGUUUGCCGUGGAGCUGGAGGGGGAGCAGCCCAUCAGCGUGCCGCCCAGCACCAACAGCGUGGUGUACCGGGGGCUGGAGGGCUUUGUGGCAGCCAUCUCCCCUUUUAACUUCACUGCGAUUGGCGGCAACCUGGCGGGGGCGCCCGCCUUGAUGGGCAAUGUGGUCCUUUGGAAGCCCAGCGACACGGCCAUGCUGGCCAGCUACGCCGUCUACCGCAUCCUCCGCGAGGCUGGCCUGCCCCCCAACAUCAUCCAGUUUGUGCCAGCUGAUGGGCCCACAUUUGGGGACACGAUUACCAGCUCAGAGCACCUGUGCGGCAUCAACUUCACAGGCAGCGUGCCCACCUUUAAAAACCUGUGGAAGCAGGUAGCCCAGAACCUGGAUCGCUAUCGCACCUUCCCACGCCUGGCCGGAGAGUGCGGUGGGAAGAACUUCCACUUUGUGCACCGCUCAGCGGACGUGGACAGCGUGGUGAGCGGGACCCUGCGCUCAGCCUUCGAGUACAGUGGCCAGAAGUGCUCAGCCUGCUCCCGCCUCUACGUGCCUCACUCGCUGUGGCCUCAGAUCAAAAAGCGGCUGCUGGAGGAGCACAGCAGGAUCAAAGUGGGCGACCCUGCAGAAGACUUCGGGACCUUCUUCUCUGCAGUGAUUGAUGCCAAGUCCUUUGGUCGCAUCAAGAAGUGGCUGGAUCACGCCCGCUCCUCGCCCAGCCUCACUGUCCUGGCGGGCGGCAAGUGUGACGACUCUGUGGGCUACUUCGUGGAGCCCUGCAUUGUGGAGAGCAAGGACCCUCAGGAGUCCAUCAUGAAGGAGGAGAUCUUCGGGCCUGUGCUGACCGUGUACGUCUACCCAGACGACAAGUACAGGGAGACACUGCGGCUGGUGGACAGCACUACCAGCUACGGCCUCACGGGGGCAGUGUUCGCCCAGGAUAAGGACGUUGUCCGGGAGGCCACCGAGAUGCUGAGGAACGCUGCUGGCAACUUCUACAUCAACGACAAGUCCACUGGCUCAGUGGUGGGCCAGCAGCCCUUUGGGGGGGCCCGAGCCUCUGGAACCAAUGACAAGCCCGGGGGGCCCCACUACAUCCUGCGGUGGACGUCGCCCCAGGUCAUCAAGGAGACCCACAAACCUCUGGGGGACUGGCGCUACUCGUACAUGCAGUGAGCCCCUUGGCACCUCCGCCGUUCACCUGUUUGUCCGUCCAGGUGACUGACCUCGGUGCACUGGGCCUACCCAGCCCCUCCACCCUGCUCCCUGGAGGGCAGCCCCUUUUCUAGAGCCAAGGGCUGGCCCUGAGCCCCCCACUGGCCCGUAUCCUGGCCUGUCCCACAUCUCGGGGUCAGGUGCCCAGCCCUGGUUUGAUCCUGCUGGGAAGGGACAGGCGUGCUGCCCCUCAUCCCAUCGGCCGUCCUAGGAAUUACCUCUCAGAGGGUGACCUUGGUGCCGGCUGGCUCGCCAUCUUUUCUCCUCUUGCUUCUGCACUGUGGCCCAGUGGUGUCGCAGGGGUGGGGAACGUUUGGCCCGAGGGCCAUGUAAGGCCCACAGAAUCGUUUGGUCUGGCCCUGCCAAGGCAUUAGGGGUGAGUUAAUUAAAUGUUUGACUGAAUAUAGCAGGCUGAUUUUUAAGUUGAUAAUGUUGUCUGGCCCACGAAUGAUGUUAUAAAUAUUCAAAUGGCCCUUGGCAGAAAAAAGGUUCCCCACCCCUGGUUUAGGGACUUGGGGAAUGACAGUGGGGCAGCUCCCAAUCCCUUGAGGGAACGGAGGCAGCUCUGGGCCCCUUGGCAACCUCAUUACCCACAGGGCUCCUGGCCUUGGCCCUGGCGUCUCCAGGGCUGCAGGAGUGGGUGUGACCAGGGCGGUCUGCAGGGUGCCAGCGCACUAGCUGACCUUGCCCUCUUUGGUCUGGGUCAUCCUCCUUUCACACUAGCUCUUUGCCCAGCCACACGAGCCAGUGGGUACCUGUGCCUGACCUUAAGCCUUAGAUGCCCAUGUGCCUUUCUCCAGGGCUCCUGUCUGCCCAUGUAAUUCCUGACCGUCUCCAUGUGGUGAGGCUGGGGGGCCAUUGGAGGCCACCUGCCAAGAUGUGGGACAUGCUGGUCCUUCCUGUUGGGGCUGGGAUUUUGGGAACUGGAUGGGCCCAGCCUCCAGGACAGCCACCCUCAGCUGCGUUGGCCUGGUUUCCCUGCGGGAGCUCAGUUCCCACUGGCUGUGGUAGCACAGGCCCAAGUAGAUGUUGCUCCCACUCUCCCAGCCCCCUGAGACCUACCCUGGGUCCCCGUCCUGCCAGGACCUGGGAUUGCCCGUAGAAUCUUCUUCCUUUGCAUGCGAGUGGCUUUGCGUGGACUGGCCUUGGGGGGCCUGUUCUUUGUUUGAUGCAGCCAGUCGGUGGACUCUCUAGGACAGCGGUCAGCAAACUGCGGCUCACGAGCCACAUGAGACUCUUUGGCCCCUUGAGUGUAGCCACGAAGUUUCAAUUGCACUGUACGUGCGCGCCCGCACGUGGUAUUUUGUGGAAGAGCCACACUCAAGGGGCCGCAGUUUGCCGACCACUGCUCUAGGACAACUAGGUUGGGUUCUGAGUGGCCAGGGAUCUGUAAGGGGUGACUUUGGAGAGCAGUUUUUAUGGAGCUGUAAAAGUGCUGGGCCCUUCUCAAGGACCGCUGUCAGGGGCUCCCCACAGGGUAGGGUGGCCAUUGCCCAAGUGCCAGGACCUCGCACUGGGCCAGCGGUCAGGGGUGAGUGCUGAUGCCGCCUGGCAGGGUGCGGGUUCUGCACCGUUUCCCACAAGGCGCCAGGUCAGGAGGCUGAGAGAUGUUCCUGGUUCUGCUGGCUCUACACUGUGAGGUGCCAUGGGACUCGCCCUGACGUCACCCAAUAAAAUACCUGUGACUUAACCAAAUCGGUCUUUCUGGUGGGGGUGGGGGACAGCUUCUAAGUCUGAUGGCAUUUUCAGCGUGUCAUUGGGUGUGAGGAGUGCAGUGCCCUCGGUGCUAUGGAAGGAAGGGCAGGCACUGAUGUAUGGGAAUACCUGCUGCGGUGGUGGGAGCUCUGGAGCCAGAUGGGCUGGGUUCAAAUCCCAGCUCCAAAAAGCUGUGCAACCUCUCUGGCCUUCUGUCUCUCCAUCUGUAAGAUGGGAAAAGUAAUAUAUGUGAUAUGUAUGCCCACACAGUUGUCAUGAGAAUUAAAUGAGUUAAUCAAUGUGUUUAGAACAACGCCAGACACAGAAUUCAUGGUUCGUCAAUGUUGCGCAUUUACCCAUUGUGUAACAGCCACUGCUAUGUGCUGUGAUAAGUUUACAUGCCUGGAUAUUUUAGCUAAAUGUUAUUCUAGAUGUUUCUGUGAAGGUGUUCUUGAAUGAGAUUAACAUUUAAAUCAGUGGACUUUGAGAAAGCAGAUUACCCUCCAUAAUGUGGGUGGGCCUCAUCCAAUCAGUUGAAGGCCUUAACAGAAAAAGACCGACCUUCCCGAACAAGAAGGAAUUCUGCCAGGAGACUGCCUGUGGACUCAGCCGCAGCUCCUCCCGGGCCUCCGGGCUGCCAGCCUACUGGCAGAAUUUGGAUUUCCUGACCCCACAGUCUUGUGAGCCAUUUCCUUACAAUAAACCUGUCUCUCUGUG